CACGUAUCAUAUAGAAAAUGAAGAAAAAACGCAAUAUCCCGAUAAUCAAGUUCUUACUCAAUUACAAAUAAAAAAAUUUCAAAUAAUAUUUUCUCAAAAUACUAUUGAGGAGAAGAAUGAUGAAGGUGAAAUUAAUGAAAAAUUAACGGUUAUUUUAGACCAGCAAGAAAAAGAAGCAUUUAAUAAUAAACUUCGUACAACGGUCUGUUGUAAAACCAAAUCAUGUUUAACCAAAAUCAACCAUGAAUCUGCAUUUGAAACUUUUGAUAACAUUCGAGGAUUAACAAAAGAUGAGUACAGUAUGUUUUUAUUAGGGAUGCUUCAUGCAAUGAUUCGUCCAAAUAAAACAUUACGCGGUAAAGAAAAACAAAACUUAACUGUAAAAUACACUUUUAAUGGAAAUGAAAUUUGCGAGAAAGCAUUUCAAAUUAUACAUUCACUAUCAAAUAAAAAAUGGGAAAGUAUUCGUCAGCAGUAUCGUAUAAAUGGUAUUAAAUCUAUGAAGCAUGCACUUUCAGGAAGAAAAUCUCAUAACGCUUUAUCGUUCGCAACAAUUUUAAAUGUUCUUACAUUUAUUGUAAAUUAUGCAAAUUAUCAUGGAUUGCCGUCACCAG